AUGGUUCCCAAGUCCCGCGGUCUGUCUAUUAUCUACGGAUCUGCCAGUUCUGGGGGUUCUACUCACCCUGAAACAUAUAGCUCAGUUGCCAGACUGACUGCUCAUGCAGCAAAUGACGAGUGUUGUGCGGAGAUCAAGGUGAGUCUAGAGACUCGAGAACCAUGGGCUCGAAGAGGUGGGAAGAAGCCUUUCAUUUCUGGAAAUGUCAACUUUUCGCCUUCGCGCUUUCUUGUUGUUCCCAAUUUCUCCUAUCUCGAUUUGUUCUGGCCACCAAAUUACUAG